CCUUUCUUCCUCGAUGGCCUCAGGCAAGUGUCAUGUGGGGGUGGUAGUUUAGGUUCUUUAUGGGCGCCUAAGAGGCAAACUUGUGUACAUUCUAUCUUCCAUCAUAAUUAAUUUAUAUUCGAGUCUUCCUUCUUGUUUGCAAGGUCUAAGAAUGGUGCAACUCAGCACACGCUCUAUACGCCAGUACUUAGCCCCUUCAAACACCAUGGACACAACUACAGCAAUCAGUAUCUUUCAAAUUGUUAUUGAGACUCUAGGUCGCAUCCAACUUGCACGGGAGUUCACGGAUGACUUUACAGCAUGUCAGCUAAAGCUCGAUAUUACGCAGCUUCGUCUUUCGCGCUGGGGCGAAAUUGCUAAUAUUUCUACGAUUGACGACGCUCAUCAUAACACAAAUGGGCCUGGAAAGGGCAGCACAGGAAAUGACCCCAUCUUAGCUGAGGUGAAAGAAAUACUCGAAGGAAUCCAGAAACACAUGGAGCUUGUUCAGAGCGAGAUGUCGAGGCUAAGGAGAAAGAUAACCGAGACCGAUCGCGAGGUAGUAGAAGUGGACUCGAGUGUUCAAGGUGACUUGAAGAAAAUCCGGAACCAGUUCUUAAAAUUCCUCCGCAAGCGAGAACUCAAGGUGUCCAAGACCAUUGAAUCCAUCAAGUGGGUUUUCUACAAAAAGGACUACUUCGACAAGUUUAUAAAAAGUAUAUCCGAACGGAUCCAGGAGCUCGAGGAAACUAUUCCGGAAGCUGACCGUGAGAAGUUCCUCAAGCUCAGCAAUGAGGAGUGCAAAGGGCUGGGCAAGUCUGAUCUGGAGGUGCUCAAGCCGAUUGUUGGGGUUUGCGACCCAUGGCUUGAGGAAUCUGUGAAUACGGAACUGGGGGUCGCCCGGGACGGGGGGGAAUGUCAUCAACCAGUCAUACAACAAAGGUCAUGUAGUUGGGAUACACAACGGUGACAACAAGGGCAACUACAACUUCCGCUAGUUACGUCAAAAUAGGUGCUGAUGGGGGA